CUUCACUGUAGCUCAUCAGUCGCUUGCGAACCUGCGAUGGCACUGCUUCCACAAUCCGUGGAGGCAGAACACUUUGACGGUCUUUCACUCCUCUACUGGACAAUAAUGGGACCCCAUGGCAUCAACCGUGCUGUGGAAAGACUAGAGUUUACAGACUGUAAAAAAGGACUUGGCGUGAAGAUUAUUGGGGGCUACAGGGGACAGAGCGGUGAAGAGUUCGGCAUUUUCAUUAAACGGGUUUUGCCAGGUGGCGUCGCGGCACAGGACGGGCGUAUCAGACCAGGGGACCUCAUUUUAGAUGUCAACAACAUGAAUUUACGGGGUGUUACGAAUGAAAAGGCAGUGGAGGUUCUUCGAAUGGCAUCUUCUACAAAUCACAUGUCUUUACUGAUAGUACGUGACGACGCUUCCAGGAGGGAAUUUACUGAAUUAAUGGAGAAGUAUGGCUCCAGCAGUAGUACCAGUUCUGGAUCAGACACCUCUGUUUCCACAGGAAAGAUGACAGACACGGCGUCCUCCUCCUCAUCAUCCAGAUCAACCAGUCCUCUGCUUCUGAGUCCUAAAGAACCAAGCCCAGCGUACACCACUGCCUGCAUCAACUCGCCAUCUCCACAAGUCUGCACAGACUGCAUGAUUCAACUGAUAUGUGUUGCCAAAGGGACGGGGUUAGGCCUGGUCAUCAGGGGCGGAGCUAACCGUGCAGAGGGGCCAAUGGUGUUCGUGCAAGAAAUAAUUCAAGGAGGCGACUGCCAAAAAGACGGGAGGCUAAAGACGGGGGACCAGCUCAUAUCCAUCAACAAGGAGUCACUUGUUGGAGUAACACAUGAAGAAGCCAAAAGCAUACUCACUCGAACCAAACUCAGACCAGACCCUACAGUAGAAAUAGCAUUUAUCAGACGGAGAUCUUCAUCAGGCUCCAGCAGUGGACCACACAGCCCUAUCUCCCUUCAACCCUCCUGCAGUACAAAUCCUCCAGCUCCCCAAACCAAGCCCUCUGGACUGAGUGGAGCAGCUUUACCUGGAGGCCUCGUUCCCAAAAUAGCCAACACUCCCAAUUCUGGAAGUGAGACGUUGCCUUCUGUUGAACUUACUAAGGUACGAGCAGCUACAGGAAAGCCUGUUCUUGCCCCCGUGACCUCACCUGAGAGUGCCUGCACCACAGUGGCCAACUCUGAUGCAUCCGCUGCCUGUAACCCCAGCAGACCCUCCAAACCUCUGUGUUCCGUCCAAAGCUUCGAACUCAAGCCCGAAAAAAUCGACCAGACUUUGGAGGUGCUUGGAUUGAAGCCGGCUGAUUCUCAGGUCCUGACGCUGAGAGAAAGACUGCGUUUGAAUGCAGGAGGGACAGUGGCUUAUGGAGAUUUUGAAACAGUGACAAAGGAACUUUUUAAACAACCGUCUAAGUCGGAUUCAGAACAGGAAGUAGUGAGAUUGACAUCAGAUGAUCUCAUUGAGUCUCCAUCAAACCCUACGCCGUCAUUAUCAGACUCUGAUGAUCUAGAUGAGAUGGAGAGGCUAAGGAAAGAGCACAUCGAUGCCUUGAGGGAGCUCAAGGGACUGCAGGAUAAGCUGGCAGAAUCCGAGAGCCUUAAUCAUAAGAUGCUGCAGGAACUGACAAAAGUUAAACAGGACGCAAAAUCUGCAGUGGAGGAGAGUCGAUCCCUGCGGACCCGGAUCCAUCUGGCAGAGGCUGCACAGAAACAGGCCCGGGGAAUGGAGAUGGACUACGAAGAGGUCAUCCACCUCCUGGAGGCUGAGAUAGCUGAGAUGAAGUCUCUAAAAGCUGAACAACCUGGUCAGGAAAAGGAGGAUCUACAAGAUCUGAAAAAAAGGAUAUCUGUUCUCGAAUGCCAGUUACGGAAGAGUGAAGUAGCAAAGAAGGGUUUUCAAGUCUCCACGGGUAAACUUCUGCAGUUUGUAGAGGCUGUCCAAGGCUUCUUGUCUGAAAACCCAAGCGCUCCAAGAGUCCAUAGUUCUCACUAUGAUGUGAAGUCGGGCACAUUGUCUCGCGGUGUGAAGAAAACACCCUGCACAGCUUCUUCUCUCGCCGUAGAAGCUAAAGAACUGACUCACACUAUCAGAAGCAUUUUAGAGCUGGACUGUUUACCUUUUGGCUGGGAUGAGGCAUACACUUCAGAUGGAGUGAAAUACUACAUAAACCAUGUGACUCAAACAACAUCAUGGACGCACCCAGUGACAAGAUCUUUGGGUUUGUCAGAUCCAGGAACUAGCGAUCAUCCAACCUUGGACUCUCCAGAAUUCACCGCCUAAACUGAAUCCCCAAAACAACAACAACAACCCAAACAAAGCAGCAAAGAAAACCCAAACUGCAUGUGCAUCGUAGAAAAAGCCUCCACAUUCAUUGUCAAUGGUUUUCAACAUUCAAUACAGGAGAUAUUGAAAUAGGCAUCAAUAUAAAUCCAUUCCAAGGACUCUCAAAAAGCUCGUUGAUGGCUUGAGAAUUCACAUUGGAGUCUCGAGUUUUCAAUGUUUUCAUGUCUGUGCGCUGUUUUUCUGACAUUUUAGGAGUUUCCCAUCAUACGUUGAUCUCUUUUUAUUCUGCACCUUGAUGAAAACAAUGGACAGACUUGAUCUGUCUUCCGACUUUUCAGAAGUUUAACAGAACUGCACUUGUUUGAAGUAAAAAAAAAAACGUGGCCUCUUGGGUGAAGCAGGAACUUUUGGAGGAAUGCGGUGAGUUGGUCAGGAUGGACGCUUUCUGUGAUGUUCAUUCAAUUCAGCUUGUGUUUGCUGCGCUCGCUGAAAACAUUUGUUCGUAGAUUUGUUGAAACAGGAAUUUGUUUACUUUUUCAGACUUCCUCGAAGCAGCUAAGCUCUGGGAAUCGUUGCACGUAAUUGUUCUCCAUUUACAGUUCUCUCCACUAACAUUGGCACCCUUGGUAAAUAUGAGCAAAGAUUUGUUCAAAAUAUUAACAAAAAAAAAACUGAAGAUGCUUGACUUGUUUUAGAGGCCUUUUCUUGAAACACUUUCAAAGUAUUUGUGGUGAUUGCGUUUUAACUUUGGAGAUUUUUCGACCCCAUAACCAAACUAGCAUCUAUAUAGUUUAACUAACUAUUUGGUUCUGGGAACUAUUUUUCAGUGGAACCAUCAUGUUGACAAUAGUGAUGGGAGAAACUAAGAUUUUCAAAGCUUUUUAAUCAUAGAACCAGUUGUUUUGAAAAAUGUUUCCCUGAUUCAAAGCAUCCAAAAUGACACAUGCUAGUAACAUCUGCUGGUCAUAACCAACAAAAAAUAGGAAUGGAUGUUAUUAGGUAUUAGAAUACAUUAUUUUAAUAAAUAUUAUAAUUUUGUAAGACUUUAUAAGAUCUUAGAUGAGAUCACUGACUUCAAAUACACAAGCAAAUAAAAUAACCACAAUUUAAUAAACGGUAAAGGAGUCGGAAACGUUAUUUUAAUAGUGUAUUCAUGACAGCAGCAGGGAUAAUUACUACGUAGAAAUGUCUGUAAUUUGAGCAGACUUUGGUUUUGUGGUGAGCAUGUGUGAUUUCCUGCAUUGAUAAGUUUACAGAAUCAUGAAUCGUGAAGAAUAUUGAGCUGUUUUGAACUAUGACCAUUAUGCACAUGCUUCGCAUGUCUUGUGCUUUGGUCGAACUGGCAUUUGCAUGACGAAUUGAAAGGAAUGGGCUUCAUAGCAUAGCGAUUUCUUCAUCCAGUGUAAAAAAGCAGCUUCACUUUGUGCAAUGAUUAUGGUUGGGGAAAGUGUAAUCAGCGCACUGAACAUUACUGGGUAGUGUGGUGCAGCAUAUCCAUUUUUGACAAUUUUCAGCAGACGAAAAUUGUUUUAUUCCUAGUAUAAAUGCAACAAAAAUGCAAACAAAACAUGGAUAAAAACUGACAUUUUAAAACACUACAAAUGUAAAAUUGAAACUAACCUAUCAAAUGCUGUUGGCUUAUCAUAUAAUGUCAUUUAAUAUGUGUCUAAUUAUCAAAUUUGUUUUGCUUAAACAGUUUUUUCCAUUGUGGGCUCUGCUAAACAGGACAAGACACCAUCAACUAGUAUCAUUCCUUUUCAUUUUACAAAUCAUCUAAUUAAACAUCUACAAACUCAUAAAACAGAUCUGGGGUCAGGUAAAUACUACAAAACCUGUUCAGUGAUUCGCCAAUGUGAUUUUAGUAAAUCUGCAUGAUUCAUGUGGAUUUUAUAGCAUUACACAUACCACCCCUCCUCCCCCAAUGGAGAGCCAUUGAAUUUUCGAAAUGACAGAAAGAAGCCCUGUUUACUAUAAGCAUGUGACCUUGAUUCAAAACAAAAGAUUCGUAAAGAUUCAAAGCUUCAUGAAGCAAUGCUUUGAAAGCGGCCAUUUGUUAUUUUCUUAAAGCCAUUUCCAAGUUUUUAAAGCUCAAACUUUCAAGCUUUCUUGCCUUUACACGUUCCCAGCAUGCACACAAUGUCAUAAGACGUUAAUAUUAGGUUAGAUUUAGGUUGUGAUGUGCGGUGACCAAAAAUCAAUGUUGUGUUGGAAAGUGACCAAAAUCCAACGUCGUGCCAACAUCUUAAACCAUAUUGGCGUCAAAUACUGACAUUUAUUCAACCAAAAUCCAACAUCUGCUAGACAUCAUAGCGGUAACGUCCAUACAACAUCAAGCUGUAACAUCAUUAAACGUUGAUAUUUGGUUGUUUUUAGGUUACAUUGGAAAGUGACCAAGAUCCAACGUCUGUCCGAUGUUGGGAUAGUGACGUCAGCCUGACGUUGAGUUCUGACAUCAACACAAUUUUCAUUUCCCCCCUAAAUGCCAUUACAUUGGGGUACAGUGUCAUUAUGAAGUCAUGCUGACGUCUUGGGUUGUGAUGAAUAAUGUCUGGUUUCCGGUCAACCCAAUUGUACUAAAUAAAUAAAUAAAUAAAAACUUAUGAGAAGAUAUUUCAAAAAUAUUUGCUCAUAAAUUCAUAAAUAUUUGCUCAUAAAAUAUAUGUUAAUAUUGUGACAGGCAUAUUUAACAAAGAUACUUCUAAUUUUGUUCUUAAUGAGAGGGUUUUUGUUAAUAUAUUGAGCAAAAGUUCAAACGGUAUCAGUCAAAGACCUUUUUGUCAAAGCCUUCUUUACUCAUAAAUACCAAGGGUUCCAAUAUUAGUGUAGAGCACAGUAAAUAUGCAUUUAUAUCAUUUCUGCUGUUCUCCUUAGUGGACUCUAUCUCGGUGUUAUGCAUAACUGUGAAAGUGUCUUCUCUUGCAUGUGCAACUAGUUCUGCGCUUCCAUUAGAAAUGUGAGUUUGACGUACCCUAAGCCUUAUGUGUAUAAUUUAUUGAAGAAAAACAACACGACAUGGCAUUUGCUUUGUUGUGGAUUCACUUUGCCUAACAGCGUAAAGUUAGACUCUUUACGGUAGAUUAUGAAGAUCUAUGUUUCUCCUUUAAUGUGUGAAUACUUCUGUGGUUCUAUUAAAGAUCAGAUGA